CGGUCGUUAAAGAGACAGCGGUAUUCAAACCCGAAUCAAGACGUGCGAUUCGGAAUAUUCAGAUGCGAUCGGUCGGCGCCCGUUUGAUCAGGCGUUUAAAAUGAGCGCCAACGAAGACGCCGCGUUGAUGAGCAGCCUCGCAUUGCAGUGCAUUGAAUUGACUCCCACAUGAUGCCAUGAACACGAGUGGGGUGGAUCUGGACGUGAUUUUAGUCCCGGGAGUUGCAGUGGAUGCAGGAUCAUGAUGGUGAGGAUGAUGAUGACAUGAUGAGCGGCAGCCGCACCCCAGGACAUAUUUUGACCAAAGAAGAAUCCUUCCUCUUUUUUCUUUGCUCCGAUUUGGAUUGUGUUGGUCUUGGACACACUUGGCCGGUUGCUUGGAGCUUCUGAUGUGCCGGGAUUGUGUUGUUUUACCCCCAGUGGACGGCUGCUAUCACAUCCUGACCCAUUUCAAAACACAACAAUAACAUGGCGGAGAAGACGUUGGAGCAAGGCUCCGUCAGCAUCCCCAUGGAGGAGACCAAACUGCACAGUGGGGCACCCCAAGAGGCACCACUGCUCACCCACCUGAAGAAAGUGGAGAAUCACAUCACCGAGGCACAGCGCUUCUCCCAUCUCCCGCGGCGCACCGCUGUGGACCUGGAGUUCAACGAACUGUCCUACACCAUCCGCGAGGGUCACUGGUGGAGAAGGAGAGGUUACAAAGCCCUCCUCAAGUGUCUUUCUGGAAGAUUUAACAGCCGAGAGCUUAUUGGCAUCAUGGGGCCUUCUGGGGCCGGGAAGUCCACCCUGAUGAACAUCCUGGCAGGAUACAGGGAGACAGGAAUGAAGGGACAAAUUCUGGUAAACGGCCGCCCGAGAGACCUGCGGACCUUCCGAAAGAUGUCCUGCUACAUCAUGCAGGAUGACAUGCUGCUGCCCCACCUCACGACCAGGGAGGCCAUGAUGGUCUCUGCCAAUCUGAAACUCAAUGAGAGCAUGCAGGUCAAAAAAGAACUUGUGCAUGAGAUACUGACUGCUCUCGGGCUUCUGGACUGUGCUCAAACACGUACCAACUCCCUUUCGGGGGGUCAAUGCAAAAGACUCGCCAUUGCCCUUGAGUUGGUCAACAACCCCCCUGUCAUGUUCUUCGAUGAGCCCACCAGUGGUCUGGACAGCGCGUCUUGCUUCCAGGUGGUUUCUCUCAUGAAGUCUCUGGCCCUAGGAGGGCGGACAAUCAUCUGUACCAUUCAUCAGCCUAGUGCCAAGCUCUUUGAGAUGUUUGAUAAGUUGUACAUCCUCAGCCAAGGACAAUGCAUCUACAAGGGAACAGUCCCUUACCUUAUCCCGUAUUUGAAGAACCUGGGCCUGCACUGCCCAACAUAUCACAAUCCUGCUGAUUUUAUCAUUGAGGUGGCAUCAGGAGAGUACGGAGACUUAAACCCGGUGCUGUUCGAGGCGGUCCAGGGAGGACUGUGCUCCGAGGAAGGCAAGAAGAACUCGAGAGACUCUUGUCACUCUCAGUGCUACAGUGACACAGGGACCCUUGAGAAACGUAGCUUUGCCACAAGUACAUUCACACAGUUCUGCAUCCUAUUCAAAAGAACCUUCAUUACAAUCUGCAGAGAUACGGUGCUGACCCACCUCAGAGUGAUGUCCCAUCUGGCGAUCGGCGUGCUCAUCGGUCUGCUUUAUCUCAAAAUCGGCAACGACGCCAGUAAAGUUUUCAACAACACGGGUUUCCUCUUCUUCUCCAUGCUCUUCCUCAUGUUUGCCGCCCUGAUGCCCACUGUUCUAACUUUUCCUCUGGAGUUGCCUGUGUUUUUAAGGGAACACCUCAACUACUGGUACAGCCUGAAGGCCUACUACUUGGCAAAAACAAUGGCGGACAUACCAUUCCAGGUGAUUUGUCCAAUUAUGUACUGCAGUAUUGUGUACUGGAUGACUGAACAGCCUGCAGAGGCCAGUCGAUAUCUGCUCUUCGUGGCUUUGUCCACGUCCACAGCCUUGGUAGCCCAGUCUCUGGGGUUGCUUAUUGGCGCUGCAUCCACAUCACUGCAGGUAGCGACAUUUGUAGGUCCGGUAACAGCCAUACCUGUGCUGCUCUUCUCUGGCUUCUUUGUGAAUUUUGACACCAUUCCCAAAUAUCUACAGUGGAGCUCCUAUGUUUCUUACGUCAGGUAUGGAUUUGAAGGUGUGAUACUGUCCAUCUACGGGAUGAACCGCACUGAACUGGAGUGUCCGGGUCUGGUGUGUAAAUUCCAAAAGCCAGAGGAAGUCCUGCAACUGUUGGAUGUGGAGGACGCAAAGCUCUACGUGGACUUCAUGGUGCUGGGUGUGUUCUUCGUGGUUCUCAGACUGGCCACUUACCUGGUCCUGCGAUACAAAGUCAAGUCCGAGCGUUGAGCAGAUCAUCGUAAAUAUAAGUUCAACAUUAUCCAUAAAACUGCUUACUAUUUCAUGAAAAUCCUUCCACUCUUAGUUGUCUCUUUGUUUCUGCAAUCAUUGGAUACUGAUCACACAUGAACAAUGACUAAAGAUACAUAAAGCAUGUUUAUUUAGUGGACCUGGAACGUGUGCUAGUUUCCUCCAGGAAACCAUCUUGGUGCAGGAAUGUCCCAGUUCUUGUUUCCCAUCAAUGCCUACAUAAUAGUCCCAGGUUGGGGUGCAUUAGACAGCACCCAUACCGAUGCCCAGAUUUCAAGAAGAAUACAUUCGAGAGAAAGUGGAAACUAUAAGUGCCAGAACUUUUGUCAGCUUCUCGCUUUCCUUGAAGAGAUUCUGGCAUUUACGCAAUUCUGACAUACCCACUGCCACUGGAUGACUUUCCAUAUCAGGGAUGGACCCUUUCUGCAGGCCUAGUGGCACAUCACGAACAUGGCAGUCGGAUGGGGAUGAAGAACUUGUCAUCAUCACAGAUUUGUCUGGAAUAAUCAUUCUGCUGCCAGGACUUUGACUCUGAACCUGCUGUUUGUUGAGGACAUGGAGCAUAAUGUGAAAACAGGCAUGACUGCUGCCUCCAGCCUCAUGCAGAGGGCUAACUUCAAAGUACCGACUGCAAGUAGAACAAGUGCAAUGGUUAGAAGAAAAAAAUGCGAGAUGCUCGUCUAAUCGCUGUUACUCUUUUAAAGCAAUCCCUCCUCCCUCCUUGUAUAAUUCUUUCCUCUUCCGUGAGCUACAUUUUGUUCUCUCUUGCUGUCUCUCUCUCUUUCUCCCUCUCUCUCUUGCUCUCACUCUCUCUUGACAUCACUUGGCUUUGCUGAUGUCUGACUGAUUUUUCCAAAACAAUGCUAGAUACUUGAAAUGCUGGCCGGGCAGAUUGUGUGACUUCCGAACUAGAAUGAUGCAAGCUUUGUCUGCUUCUGUGCUCGAUGUUUGCGCACACGACUUAUAUCCCCAAACAUGCUUAUGUCUGUCACACACACACACACACACACACACACACACAUUUGCAUUCUUGUUCCAGGGCAACGCAACUGUUUUCCAGUAGACUUGCUAUGAAAUAUUUCUUACUCAAUCUACGCUACUUAGUAACCCCUAUUACAAUGCGUAGGCAUAUACUCAGCAAUUGUACAGUGGAUAUGGUAUGCUGUGGAAAAAAAUGUACAAUGCACUUUUCAAUAUAUGCUUUAUUAAUAUUUAUUUGUAUUUAUACAUUUAUUUUUUGAUAGCUUAAAAAGCUUAUUGAGCGCUGCUUUGGGAGUAUAAUGGGAAAACAGCAACAGAAUGCUGCCUGUUUACUGUAUAGGAACUGAAUAUCCAUGGCAUGAUUAUGUUCCCAUUCAAAUCUUUUCAACAGUUUUUUGUAGGGGCGGGAUGCAAAACCUUUUAAAAACCUAAGUAACCUCAAGUGUGAUGUUGGCAUGAGUGGAACAUGAUAAUAGAGAUGUAUUUGAGUUGCAAUAAAUGAAACAAGACAAGGAGAUUGAAUAAUAAUAAUUGUUAAAAUGAUAGUAGCAGUACUGGUAAUAUUAAUGUGGAUGUUGGAUAAUUAUUACAACAGUAGUAUUAAGACACAAAUCAAAUAAUUGCUGCAUUUAAUGUAGGUUGUGUCUAUGAUACAAAUAUGAUAUAAUAAUUGCAACUCUAGAAAGUAAUACAGUAGCCUAAUUGUGUCAUUAAUAGCAAUAGAAAACAUUGUGACUGAUUGUUGAACGACCCAUCGCUUAUGUUUUUUACAAACUGUAUCAAGCACUUUAAUUUAUUGCCAAUAUCAUCACAGUAUGAGCAAUAUAGCAAUCCAAAUGUAUUGUAACUGAAAGAUACAUUUCAAGAAAUAUCAUUUGUAUUAGCAUGAAAUGAUUUAAAAGCAGAACAAUUGAACUGUACUGCGGUACUUAAAACUAUGUUAAUGCCACCGGGAAGAUGUUGCCUUUUAACGCCAACCAGGAUAAUUAGCACUCAAGUGCAGUAAAUUGCGGCCUUACAGGAAAUAUUAGACGGUAAUUUUUACUGCCAACACAACGGAUAAGUGUUUUUACCGUCUUCAAAUUUGAACAAAACUCAGCUUGCUGACUCUGCAAGAGGUAAAAAAAAAAACUUUAAAAAAACUAAGCAGCAGCAUUGAAGUCAUUAACCAGUGUAAGAAAGCCUUGGCGCCUGCUCGAGGACUUAUGCAUCAAAGUGGGCAGGAAAAAAAACAAUAUUUCCUUCUCUGCUGCAAAUUAAACAUUCAUAAGGCUGCCCUUCUCAAAUGGAUUGUGUUGUCUAAUCAGUUUCCUAACCAAAGAAAAUGUCCUGAAUAGGCUUUUACUGAUAAAUAUAUGCAGUCAUUAAAAUGUUCCAACAGUGGCUGGAACAAUUCAAUCCAAUUUGACAUUGUCCCAAAAUUGUGUUAAUCUGUGUACCCCACCACGCACUAAGUGAAUCAUAUCAAAUUGCAUUGUAUUAUAUCAGCAGUAUUAAGGGGUUUUGAAGUGAAUGGAGAUGCAGCUUAAAAGCAUGUACAAAACAGAAAGUACAUUUCACUAUUUCAACUAUUUUAGCUGUCAUGAUACUAUUAUACCUGUCAGCUUUUAAAAAGUCACCGGAGUCCUUGUCAUUAUGUGAAAUUUAUUUGUGUACAGUCAUCUUAUUAUGUAAAAUCCUGUUUUUCGUCUGUUAUGAUUUUUGUAUCAUAUAGUUGUUGUUUUUUGCCACUCUCAAUUUCAAACAUGCAAGCUCUGUAUACUAAAAGCUGUUCUAUGAUUAUAAUAAAGAUCAUUUAUAACCUUU